GAGACAAACAUUGACCGUGAGCUCAUCAUCUCCUUUUGUACGACGUCCGACAUUCCCACUAGCCCAUCCCUGCCUGAGUCGAUCUCUUCGCAGCGUGUCAUUGCUAUUUUGGGCCCACCGCUGUCAUUCAAAUCCUUGCAUCCCGCAGCUCGGAGUCCAUCGAAGGAUCACUUCCUGCUAUACAACUCGGCACGCCUACACAAUGUCAUCUAGCGCCUCCCAACCUUCCGCAGCUCCCACUGAGUGGACUAACCCCUCCAAGCCCAUCCGCUUCGUCUGCAGCGCGCUGGUGGAGGUCACUCGCACACGACUUCCCGUCCCGGGCUUCACCGACGACGACUACGCAUACCUUCCCCAGCUCGCGACGCGCCUCAACGGGGGCGAGCUGUCUCUGAGCGACGUCAGCUGGCAGCUGGGCAUCCAGGUGACGCGCGAGCGGCAGGUGGCGAGUGCGGCCAUCCAUGCGUUCACGGAGGCGGAGUGGGCACGGGUCAAGGAUGGAGAUGACGAAGACGCACAGGCGGACGUCGGGAAUGAUAACGCGUUGCUGCGUACGUGCCUGAACCUGGACGACCCGCAGAAUCCGUUGAAAUUGAAGUCGGAGGCUUGACCCAAGGCACUAAGCUGCGCUAUUGUAUCUGUACUGCUAGUAAUGCUAUCUACGUCAGAAUCGGAUGCAUGUGGAAUCUAUCUGGA